AUGUCUCAACCUACGAAAAAGCUAAUAUUGUCAACCGAGUGCGUCCCGGACGACAUCGUAUUCGACAUACUGACUCGGCUGCCAGUGAAAUCUUUAAUCCGAUUCAGGUGCGUUUCAAAAUCUUUGAACUCCACCAUAACCAGCCGCAUAUUUAUUACCACACACUUCAAGCUCAACGAAGCCAAAUCAUUAUCCAAUAAAGAUAGUCACAAUGAUUAUCUGCUAUAUACAUCUAAAUCAGAGUACUUUUCAUUUAAUGAAGAAGAAUUGGUUGCAUUUGUUUGCAAUAGGGACCGCAUAUUGACUGAGAUUUCUAGGUUUAAAACCCCAUUUUGCUUUUUGGAUGGUUACUUCGUCAAUUGCUUCUGUAACGGCAUCUUCUGCCUAAGUAGAUAUGAUGAUGAUACUAUAAUAUGUUGGAACCCAAGCAUUAGAAAGUUUAAGAUGCUUGCUCCUGCUCUUCUGACUGAAUUUUUUAGUUGGGUCACUCUUGGACUUGCCUAUAAUUCUCAAAACAAUGAUUUCAAGAUUCUCAGACUUAUGUGUUCUCAAAAGUCUGAUGAAGAGCCAGAUGGCCCAGAUCGACCGGCUGAGGCCGAGGUUUACACAUUGAGUACGGAUUCAUGGAGAAAGGUUGUAAUAUCGGUGGAUUCAUCCGAACCCAACAUUGGAUACGUUUAUCAUACUUCACCGUUUAUAUUUUUUAAUGGAGCACUUCACUGUAUAGCAUCUACUAACAACGGCCGUUUCAUUUUGUCCUUUGAAGUCAAUGAUGAGAGAUUCCAUAAGAUAAUGUUGCCUCAGGAUUCCUUAGGUGGAUACCAAGGAUGUCUUGCAGUGUUCAAGGGAUUGCUGGCUUUUAUUGUUUUGUCUCGUGAUAUAGACCCCAUAUGCGACAUAUGGGUGAUGAAGGAAUAUGGUUUGGUGGAGUCUUGGACUAGAAAAUCUGUACCAAUCGAUUGGAUUCAUUUUUUUUUGGGCGUCACUGACAAUGGUGAACUUCUAUUUGGCAAUGACACAGAGCUGAAUUUGAUUGACCCUGAGAAGAAUCUAAAUCAAAACAUUCGUGUAUCAAAAAGAUAUAUUAGAUGGGUUGGUUAUGCAUCUAAUUUUAUGGAGAGUUUGGUUCUACUUGAUGGGGGUAAAUGCAUCGUCUGA